AUGUACCAAGUCGAUGGUCCGGUGGAGGAGGACCAUAAUGAUCAUGAUGAUGAUGACAAGGAAGAGGAGCAUCAUGUUUAUCAUGAUAAUGAUGAUGAAGAGGAGUAUCAUGAUAAAUAUUAUGAGGAUGAGGAUGAUAAUGAUGAUGAUAAUGAGGAGGGGAAGGAUCAUAAUCAUGAUAAAGAGGAGGGGACAGAGGAUCAUAAUCAUGAUAAGGAGGAGGGGACAGAGGAUCAUGAUGCUGCUGCUGAUGAUGAUGAUAUGAAGGAGGAAGUAAAGGAGGAUGAUUAUAAUGAUCAUGAUAAUGAUGACAAGGAAGAGGGGUAUCAUGAUUAUCAUGAUGAUGAUGAGGUGGACGAUGAGGAGAAAGAGGAUCAUGAUGAUGAGCAUAAUGAUGAUAAUGAUGAUGACAAGGAAGAGGAGCAUUAUGAUUGUCAUGAUGAUGAUGAUGAAGAGGAGGAUCAUGAUGAGGAUUAUGAGGAGGAGGAUCAUCAUAAUGAUGAAGAGGAGGAGGAGAAUCAUAAUGAUGACUAG